AAAACUGCGAGGAUAUACAGGAGAGGAAGCGCUUACAAUAACUACGGAUGUGUAGCGACAGGGAUAUUUAAUUAUUGUCGAGCGUAGUUAUCUACAAGCUUGUGACACUCAGUCACGCUGUGUAUAGAUAUGUGUGCAACUCUUUGUUCUGACUACGGCAGUAUCGUUCCCUACAGGCCACCGGCAUGGUGUUCUAGCAUUUCAGAGAAAGCUCCUAGAUCAAGAGUGAUCUUGAGCCAACGGAACACUCCAAUCGUCUCAUGGGAUAUCUCUGGCUUACCAGACGGUUACCGAUUGUAUCUAAAACGCGAUGACAUGACGGGAGGAACGCUGAUGGGGAGCAAAGUAAGAAAACUGGAGUUUGUUCUCGCAGAUGCGAAGCAACAAGGAGCAGACGCUGUCAUUACAUGCGGUGACGUUGAGUCAAAUCACUGCAGAAUUACAGCCAUCGCAGCUCAAGAGUUGGGAUUGAAAAGCUACCUUUUACUGCGUUCAAAUUCCGAAGACCCGGAUAAGCUGGGAUUGAAAGGGAACUUGAUGCUCGAUUUGUUGGCUGAUGCAACAAUUGUGCUCACUGCUAAGGAUGCCGAUUAUGAUUCACAACUUGUGCCUAGAAUGCAGCAUAUGGUGGAUGAGCUGAAGGAGACAAAGUCAUUGAAUGUGUAUCGAAUAGGAUCGAAUAGAGUUGGAACUUGGGGUUAUGUUGAGGCCUACAGAGAAAUGAUAGAGCAGGAGGCAUUCUCUCAAAUCAGUGAUGUCGUGGUGGCUUGUGGAUCAGGAGAGACAAGUUGUGGAUUGGCUCUGGCAAAUCACUUGAGCGGAUCGACAGUCAGAGUACAUGCAGUGUCUGUUUGUGAUGACCAAUUCUACUUAUACAGACAUUGUAAUAGAAUAUUGAAUGAAAUGGGUGUUACUGGCAUUCGGUCUGAGGACAUUCUGGACAUUAUUGAUGGAUACAUAGGGAAAGGAUACGAAGAAUCAACUGACGAGGAGCUACAGUUACUAACUGAUAUUGCACGAAGAACAGGCAUUCUCCUUGAUCCAACAUACACUCUGAAGGCCGUUCGAGGAAUGUUAAUAGAAAUUGAGGCAAAUCCUAGAAGAUUUUCUGGCCAUAACAUUAUGUUUCUUCACACUGGAGGUCUAUACAGUAUGAUGGAUGGACGAUUAGAUCAUGUGAUGAAAAAACAGGUGACAGACAGGCGGCAGAUUGUUUCAUAUUUUAGUCUUGAUAAACCAGGUGCACUACAUUUUUAGAUAAAACCUUUGCCCAGUGAACUGCUGUAAGAUUGAAAAUAUUUUUUAGUUUGGAUGUUUCAAAUCAAUUGUCUAGACUGUUGCAAGUUUGUUCAUGUUUAGUCAGUCCGGAGUGAUGCAUUAAACUACUGCAGUAUCUC